CCGCGGGCGCGCUCGCCGCGUUUUCGUGCGCUCGGAUUGGCCGGCGUCCCGAAGAGAAGGCGGUCGCGCGUCCCUUUGCUCGGACUGGCUCUCUCCUCCCCGGUUUGAAUGUCACGGCAGCGACGCCGCCUUCAGCCGGGAGAGGCGUUUUAAUCGUCGGGGUUGUUGUUGUCGUUGUUUUAUUUCGAAGACCGUUACGCUUUACCAUACGGUUUUAAAAUUACACAGCCCGCAAGUUACCUCAAAAAAGAUUUAGCCCGCCCCCCGCCCCCGAAAUUAAAAUUCAUUUUACAAAAUGGCACACAUUUUAAACGCGAUUCGUCACGGCUGCUUCGGCAAACAAUAACACAUAAAACAAAUCACAUCACCUCCCGCCAGGUUCACCCUAAACACGUUAUGCGCAUCGUGACACUCAGAAAAUAAACAACGCGCGUUAAUAAUUCCAGUAAAGAAUGAUAAAUAUUACAAUUCUAGUGUCAACGACGAAGUCAGAAGGGUCCAGUGCAAUCUCUCUGAGGAUGCGUGCAGCUGCAUAGCCUGGAUCUGAACCCCUCAGAGCCCGCUUGCAUCGCACCCAGGUCUGCAAUGCAAGGUUCAGCCCCUGGUCCGUGAUGAUGCGCAUAACAUUGCCUACUGGCGCUUAUAGCUAAAAGUUGAGAGAAUGGAGGUCAAUCCAAUGAUGCGUUAACGUUGCCAGGGGAGCAGUGUGAGCGACGCAGAACGAGAUACGGGGUGCAGAAUAUCUUUAACCCAAUCGUGCAUGAAAUAUUUUUAAAAACAGCUGAAAAAAGUAGUUUUGGACACAUUAUAUAUAUUUCAUUGAAUAUAUAUGACUAGAUUCAGUAAAAAGAAAUGUAAAAUAUGUAAAAUAAUUGUACUAUAACCGUGUAUGAGUGCUUUCGCAUUGUGACUGGGAAAUAGCGCCAUCUUCGCGGUCCCCAGGGUAUUGCAGUGUAUAUAUAUCUUUGUUUUAUUCAGAACAUUUAUAAGUUUUAAGAAGUUUAUGCUCCCCACAAAAUCUAGAUGUAUGCACUUAUAUAUAAAAAUACAAAGUAUAUUAUUAUUAUUUUUAUCUCACCCGACUGCCUCAGAAACCGUCCCCGCCCACAUCAGGGAAAUGUGCUGAUUGAUUGCAGCUCAAGCCAAUCUAAUUACGGGAAGGGUGGCGACGCAAGACAUUCAAACUUCCAGGAAAAGUUCUGCCUUUUUUCCCGAGUUUCAGAAAGGGUGGGGGCUGGAAAUCCGCUUAACAGUGACACGAAAUAUUAACUACAUUAGAAGCAGUUUACUAUAUAUCUGUAUCUAUAUGUUUAACACAGAGAGCAGUUAGGGAAUGUAGUUUGAGUUUGAGUAUAGCUGAACACAAUGGCGAGGGAUACACUGCAGAGCAGCUGCCUGCUGAGCCUGUCGGAGGGCAACAUCCUGGACCCGGCAUUCCAGCAGCGACUGGAGGACGCGCAGGAGCAGAUCCGGAGGCAGAUCCAGAAGGAGCUGAAGAUCAAGGAGGGGGCGGAAAACAUGCGCAAGGCGGUGAGCGACAAGAAGAACCUGGCCCACGUGGAGGGGGUGCUCAGGGCCUCCAACCGCAAGCUGGAGCAGCUGCACUGGGAGAUGCAGGAUCUGAACGCCCGGGCCUUCGCCAGGGAGAAGGAGAACAGCAGGCCAGCAGAUGACGCCGUGUCCCCUGACCCCUGCCUCUGGGAGCAAAGCACCAGCCCUCUGGACAGCCGCAUCUCCGUCCUGAAGAAGCAGCUGAAAAUCGAGAUGAAGGUCAAGCAGGGAGCCGAGAACAUGAUUCAGAUGUACUCCAACGGCGCUUCCAAGGAGCGGAAGAUGCUGUCGACGGCGCAGCAGAUGCUUCAGGAUAGCAGGACGAAGAUGGAGCUGAUCCGCAUGCAGAUCAUCAAGCUGGGCCAGUCUGCCGGGGGCGCCAAGCAGAGCUCAGAGCCAGGCGUGGAUGGAGGCGCCCGGCCUGCAGCCGCGGGCAGUGCACUGGAGCUGCGGGUGGAGGAGCUACGGCACCACCUCCAGAUCGAGGCGGCCGUGGCAGAGGGAGCCAAGAAUGUGGUGAAGCUGCUGGGGGGCAGGAGAGGGCAGGACCGGCGGGCGCUGGCUGAGGCCCAGGCUCGGUUGCAGGAGUCCUCUCAGAAGAUGGAUCUGUUGCGGCUGUCUCUGGAGCGCAGGCUGAGCGAGCUGCCCCAGGACCACUCCAAACGGGACCUCAUCAAGACAGAGCUCACCCUGGGCAGCUCCCCCUCCCCAGGCGUCCCACGCAGCCGCCUCCAGUCCUGCUCCUCCUUCCUCAAACCUGCUUCUCUCACAGGCAGAUUGGAGGUCCGGCUUAUGGGUUGCCAGGACCUGUUGGAGUCUGUGCCAGGCCGUUGCCGGGUAACCAGCCUUUCUUUGCCAUCCGGCAGCCCCGGUGAUGCCAAGUCUUCUCUGAAGGCUCGGAUCGGGCGCAGCGGCAGUGGCCGUCACCUCAAGACGGACGAGCUGAGCAGUGCGUAUGGAGACGGUGCAAUGCAUUUCACAGUUUUAUGCAUGGAGAUCAGCGCUGUGCUCAAACUUGAUAACAAAACAGUGGGAUGCACGCAGUGGAAGUCAGUCAGUAACCAGGCGUGGGACCAGAGCUUCUCCAUUGAGCUGGAUAGGUCUCGGGAGCUGGAGAUCGGGGUGUACUGGCGGGACUGGAGGGAGCUGUGCGCCGUCAGCUUCCUGCGGCUGGAGGAUUUCCUGGAUAAUGAGCGGCACGGCAUGUGCCUCUACCUGGAGCCGCAGGGGAUGCUGUUCACAGAGGUGACGUUUAUCAACCCUGUCAUCGCACGGAACCCGAGACUGCAGAGGCAGAAACGCAUUUUCCCCAAAGAGAAAGGGAAGGACUUCCUCCGUGCAGCUCAGAUGAACAUCGACAUCGCUACCUGGGGGCGGCUCAUGAGGAGCGUGCUGCCCCCCUGCAGCGCCAUGACAACGCUGAGCCCGCCCCUGCACGGCUCCUCCCCCCCGCAGCUCAUAUCACUGCCGGCAGCCCAGAGCCAGCACUCCACUCCGGUACCUGGGGACGCCCCUGCGGUCAAACUGACAUUCAGCGAGGAUCGUCCCCCCAAACCACCACGCCUUCACCUUGAGCCGCCCCCCACAGAAGCUUCCCUCUCCCCGGGUGCAAAGAGAAGCCACACACUGGAGAAAAGCAGCAAUGACAUCAGCACCAGAGCACUGCGACCCCGCCCUCCCACUCCGAAGAAAGAAGGUAUGCAGAUAGAAGAUUUCCACUGUGUCUCUGUGCUCGGAAGAGGGCAUUUCGGAAAGGUGCUGCUCGCAGAGUACAUACAAACAGGGAAGCUGUAUGCCAUUAAAGCCUUGAAGAAAGGAGACAUCGUGACCAGAGACGAAGUAGACAGCUUGAUGAUCGAGAAGCGGAUUUUGCAGACUGCCAACUCCUCUCGCCACCCUUUCCUGGUGAACCUGUUUGCCUCCUUCCAGACCCCCGAUCACGUCUGCUUCGUCAUGGAGUACUCGCCCGGGGGGGACCUGAUGAUGCACAUCCACGCCAACGUGUUCUCCGAGACACAGGCACGGUUCUACGCUGCGUGUGUGGUGUUGGGUUUGCAGUUCCUGCACACAAACAAGAUUGUUUACAGAGAUCUGAAACUGGAUAACCUGCUGAUGGAUGUGGAUGGCUUUGUGAAAAUUGCAGAUUUUGGGCUGUGUAAAGAAGGAAUGGGCCAUGGGGACCGGACGAGCACGUUCUGUGGCACCCCGGAGUUCCUGGCUCCAGAAGUGCUGACAGACAACACCUACACCCGUGCCGUGGACUGGUGGGGAAUGGGGGUCCUCAUUUACGAGAUGCUGGUGGGAGAGUCUCCGUUCCCAGGGGAUGAUGAGGAGGAGGUGUUUGACAGCAUUGUGAAUGACGAAGUCCGUUACCCGAGAUUCCUGUCCCCGGACUCCAUCUCCAUCAUACAGAGGGUAACUCUGCUUUGAAUACAUUCAUCUUUAGAUUGUAGAUACUUAAAUGUAAUGCAGCUCUUCAGUAAAUAAUUGAACCCCCCCCCCCCCAGCU